AUGUUAAAUCACAUUAAGUUUGUUGUUUGGAAUAUACGUGGGGCCUCUCGCAAGGACUCACUUAGGUAUUUUAAUAAGAUUUGCAUAAACAAUAAAAUAAGAUUGCUGGUACUUCUGGAACCCUUGUCGGAUACUCCACAAUUGGAGGUGGUACGUCGGCUUCUGGGGUUUGAUAAGGCGGUGGGAGCUUUGAAUAAUAAGGUGUGGGUGUUUUGGUACAAUGAGCUGUCUUUGAGCUUCAGGGAGAUGGCAGAGCAACUUCUUCACAUGCACAUCAUUUUCUCUUCCGGGUGUUCAAUUCAAUUUUCGGCAGUAUAUGCUCGGUGCUCGAGGGUGGGGCGUCGAGAGUUGUGGUCGGCAAUGGAAGGAUUGGCGGGAGAAGUUCUCGGGCCAUGGUUACUGGCAGGGGAUUUUAAUGUCAUUUCCAGUACGGAAGAGCGUGUGGGAGGUUCUCCGGCUAAUGCAAGGAACAUGGAGGAAUUUAAUGAAGCUAUUGGCAAUUGCGGCUUGUCGGAGGUGCCUUUUGAUGGGGCUUUAUUUACUUGGACGAAUGGUAGGGUAUGGCAGAGAUUGGAUAGGGCCUUCAUGAAUCAGGAGUGGGCUGAUGGGUAUGAGCUUUCGCAUGUCUCCCACUUGUCCAGGGGGUGGUCAGAUCAUGCUCCACUCUUGAUUAACUGUCAGAAUGGGAGUCCCAGCAAACGUUCGUUUAGAUUUCUGAAUGUUUGGAGGAGGCAUUCGGGUUUUAUGGAUGUGGUUCAGCAGGGUUGGGCGACGCCGGUGGAGGGUGAGGGUAUGUCGAAAUUUUAUAAUAAGCUGAGGGCUAUUAAAGGUUGCCUGCAGGUAUGGAAUGUCCAAAUAUUUGGCAAUAUUUUUAGCAAGGUACGGGAGGCCGAGGCUAUUAUGAAACAACGUGAGGAGCAGUUUGACACUGAGAGGGACUCUGCGUCCAGAGCAGCGUUGGAGGAGGCAAAGGCGGUUUAUGCCAGGAGUUUGGCGUUGGAGGGUGAGUAUUGGAGGCAGAAGGCGGGCAUCAAAUGGUUGCAGGUUGGGGAUGCUAAUUCAGCAUAUUUCCAUUCUCGCUGCCGGCAACGCCGGAAUUUUAAUUUUGUCGCCCGCAUUAAAGAUCACUCAGGUACAUGGUUGGAGGAUAUACAAGACAUAAGGCAGUCAGCAGUGGAGUUCUUUUCGUCUUUGUUCGCUUCUGAACAACAUGGGUGGCAUUCUCCGGAGCUGCCCUUCUCGGUCCCUCAGCUAGCUCCGGCAGACAAUGACAUGUUAUCUGCUUUACCUGACAUGGCAGAAUUAAAGGGGGUGGUUUUCGCGUUGGACACAUACAGUGCACCAGGGCCAGAUGGGUUUGGGGCAGGUUUUUACCAGGCCUGUUGGGAUAUUAUCCAGUCUGAUUUAUUGGAAGCGGUUUAG